GGUUAUUAACUUGUUGAUCGAGCUCCCCGCGUGAGACUCCUCAAGUGUUGGGGAGUAUCGCUGUCUGUCUGACUGUCCGUACAUUUCCCCAGCGUGUGCGUGUUGUUUUGGCCUUUCGGAAACUCUCACAGCGUCACACACACACACACACACACACACUGGGCAGGAACACACAUUCAGCUCAGGGAGAAAGUGUGACACCCGAGCGUCGAUGUCGGUGUCACAACCCACGCACGGCGGGUGUCUUCGCUCUCUCCCAUGGGGCACUAGGAUCCUGCUACACUGGAUGGAGGAACUGCGGCUCAAAAAAAAAAGCACCACGCAUUUCCCUUUUACACUCUCGGGGUGCGCAACACGGGUUUGAGUUUGAGUUGGAUGAAGCUCUCCUCAAAUGUGUUAUCUCCUACGCGUCGUCGUCGUCGUCGUCGGUGAUAGGAAAGGCAAAAUCCUUCGGUGCACGACAGCCAACCGUUUGGCCUUCGCCGUCAGUCGAGUUUUGGUCGUUCCGGGCGUCGGAAAGGCGGACCAUCACCGGUGCUCGUCUGCGCCUGUUCCGGCAACAUCCGGCCGUUGCUCAGCAAAAGGACCGCCACCACCACCAUCCGCGGCGCACCAGCUGGUUGGUGGUAUCGUAGUGGUCCGAUCGGCACCGCCGAUGGAGUGUGUGUGUGUGUGGUAGAAGGAUAGUGCCCUAAAGUGUGAUUGCGUGGACGUGGAUCUGUUCGUGCAGCCGUGCAUGUGUAUAUGGUGUUUGGGUGUGAUCUAGGUACGUGCGCGCGUGUACGCAAAUGUCCCUACUGUUGUGCAGAAGAAGAAGAAAAAAACACACGUUGCACGGAUUUUCUACCCCUUAACCCCUAAAAAGCUCUUCUUCCCGCUUCCUCCACGAAAAGGGGAUUAGGCAAAGGGAAAACUGGCCCCCAGUGCCAGCGUGUGUGUGUGUGUGUGUGUGUGUGUUUGUAGACAGGUGAUUGGGAGGGCUUACGAAAGAAGAGCUGAAGCUGGCAGAUUAUCCACUGGGACGGAAGUGCUGCUGCCAAAGCUGAUGAAGUGCUUGAGCAUUGAGCGCUGUACGGGACGGCACGACGAACUCGAACUCGCCAAGAACACUAGCAAAGCACAGUUUCAUCGGCCGUGAAUAAACAACGUCGAAAAACUGCCACAAUAAUGUUCAAGUAGCAUGGUGUGAAAAACAAAACCCCCCAAAACGCUUACAACCUACCAAAGCCCACCGAAAACAGUGCAACAACAAGGCCAGUGUUUGCCAGCUUGCCGAACGUCUUGCCACAGAGCGUUAACCUCAUCCACACCUCCACGGCCCACAUUGUCUGCGGCACCAUCACCGUUUAAGCUUCAGCACUUAGUGUGUGUGCGUCCGUAUAUCUGUGUGUGUGUGUGCAUGUGUGCCUGCAUUUGUGUGCAUGAGAGUUUAUUUAAUAAUCAUCAGCGUAGUAAAAGUGUGAAUGUUCUGCUGUAUCGACGUGUAGCACACACACGUGCUGUACGCCGUCGUGUGGUUUUUCUCGCUUCCGGUACGCCUAGGAUAAAGUGAAAUGCAUAUUUACCAACCGGUAACGUCUUGUGUAAUGCGCGGUGUAAUUGAGCAAACAAUUAAAUUGUACCACCGCCGCCAGAGAGUGACAGUGAGCGGUAGAAACUUAACUCAGCCGUGAAAAGAAAAUCCCACCUUAGCAGCACCACAACAACAAAAAACGAAGCAAAGGGUGGUGUGCAAUCAAGGCGAGUGAGGUUGCGGUUGUUACCUGUGGAAACCCGAUCACUUUCGCAGCAGGAUUCGGAACGAAUGUGGGGUAGCUGUCUCUACGCAAGACUGGAAGAGGAGCAGGUGAAGAGAGAAGAAUAAAUCUUAAACCUUGAUUUAAGAGCCAUCGUUUCCUGCUUUCCACCUUGCUGUCGAAACGGGACGGGAAGGCAUGCUCACGGCCGGAUCUUCCCAUCAGCUACUAGACAUCCCGUGGACAUGAGUGUCCCAUGACUCAUCGCGAUGCAUAAAAUUGCGUUAUGGCCCUGGUUAGCCAUAGCCUGGAGAUGGAGAACCGUCAUUAUAUUGAAUUUGUUAGCACAAAGCUGGUGCGCCGGCUCUGUCCCGUCAAGUGGUUUAAAAACAAGCGAUGGAAGUAGCAUCGGCAGCGGUGGCGGCAUCGGGAUCGGCGAUGAAGGUGCCGGUGCGGCCGGUAUGCCCAAUCUGCUCGAGCAGGACGGAAUGUUUGGGCCAGCGACGACGACCAUCUACACCGAGCGUCACACCAUUACACCGACGGAGGAAGCGAUCGAAGACUCUCUGCAAACAAUACACGAUAUCGCGACGGAAAACCUGGGCGCCCUCUGCCUGACGAAGCUCUACCGGCCGCUAAAGAUAACGCUCAACCCGGAGCGCUACACCGGCGCCCGCCAGAAGGCGGAUCUGGCCGCGGUCGUACUGCAGGACGUGGGUGUGUCACGCCACAACGGUUUGCUGGACGCACUGGCGAAGGGUUUGCUGUCCGACGCGUACGUCACCAGUGCGCGCAUUCUGUCGAUCAACGUUACCGACGGUCUGCUCACCAACUCCGUCUGGUGGAACAAGGAACCGGGCGGUAUGGGCGCUCCGUUGCGCAUCGAGGCGGAAGGUAUAGCGAUCGGCACCAAGCCCGACCCCAGCUAUCCGUGGUUUGAGGAUGAAACGUCCUCGCCCGGUCUCAGGUCGCCCAAGUUUACACCGACCCCGCCGGACAUUUCCUACAAAGGCUGGUGGACCUACCCGUACUAUUCCUGCGGCCAGAAGAAGUGGAUCCUCUCGUACAGCGUCGCCAUCCCACCGAUGGGCCGACACGGCAUUCGCGGUUUCCUAAGCAUCGACAUCGACAUCAGCGAUCUGCAGGUGAACCAGUGCAACAAUCCGAACCGGUUCGAAAUCCUCAGCUACAAUCAGCACCUCCGCCAGUACUACCCGUUCGUGCGCAACCUCAAGCUGGGCGAGGACGAGCAGAUGCGCCAGAUCGAGGCGUUUCACGGUUCGCACAAGUGCCACGUGCACAGCAUGCGGUGCGAGUACCGGCCGGUCGUGACGAGCGUCAUCAGCCCCGCGUCGCUAGCGGUCGGCCCGAACGGGACUGGGCCGCUGGUGCCGCUCGGGGGUAGCAUCGUUAACGGAAGCGGUGGCCCGAGCGUGCUGCUGACCGGUGGCACCACCCUGCAGACGGUGGUGAAUGGAUGGACGCGCGGUGCGUACCAGUGCCGGUGCAAGGACGGGUUCUACUCGUUCCGCCAUCCGGAUGGGUUCAAUGGCAGCAUCAUGGAGGUGGCGUACCAGGAGUACCGGGACAACAUCAGCACGUACUACAAGGAGGUGUUUGUGUGUGUGCGGUGUGCGCCCGGUUGUGCGACCUGCACCGGACCGGAACCCUGCCUGGCGAGCUACAAUUGGGCUUUCAGAACGACGCUGCUCACCUUCUCCGUCAUGUGCGCCGGGUUUACCGUCGUGCUCGCACUGUACAUGUAUCAGCACCGGAAGGUGAAAGUGUUCAAGGUGGCCAGCCCAAUCUUCCUCACCAUCACGCUGCUCGGUUGUGCCUUCAUGUACCUGGAGAUGGCGGCCAUCUUUCCGAUCCUCGACACCUACUCGUGCAUCGCCACCAAAUGGACGCGGCACAUGGGCUUCUGCGUGACGUACACGGCGCUGCUGAUGAAGACCUGGCGCGUCUCGCUGACCUACCGCGUCAAGUCCGCGCACAAGGUGAAGCUCACCGACAAGCAGCUGCUGCAGUGGAUGGUCCCGAUACUGCUGGUCAUGUUUAUCUACCUUGGCACCUGGACACUGUCGGCACCACCGACCGCAGAACGGAUCGAGGACCAGUACGGGUUGAUAUUCAAGCAGUGCUCGUACAACUGGUGGGACCACAGUUUGGCCAUCGGCGAGGUACUGUUUCUUGCCUGGGGUAUACGCGUCUGCUACAACGUGCGCAACGCCGAAUCGCUAUACAACGAGGCGAAGCUCAUCUCCUACGCCAUCUACAACAUUGCCCUGGUCAACACGACCAUGGUAGCAUUCCACUUGUUCAUUUUUCCGCAGGCUGGACCGGAUAUUAAAUACCUGCUCGGCUUCAUACGUACGCAGCUAUCCACCUCGGUCACGAUAGCGCUCGUGUUCGGGCCGAAAGUGCUGCGUAUACUGCGCGGCCAGGGUGACCAGUGGGAUCAGCGGGCCCGGAAGCGGGGCAUCACGGCGUCCUUCUCACUGAACGGCAUCGGACUGGUGCCGGAGGAAACGGCCGACCUAUAUCAGGAAAAUGAAGAGCUGAAGGAAGAAAUUCAGAAACUCGCUGCUCAAAUUGAAUUCAUGAAAAUUGUUCACAUGGAAAUGAACAAUCGCCAUCUGAAGCCGAAACCGGGCGGCUACUUUACCAUGAAAAGUCCGCUCGGCAAAUCGUUCGGCGGUGGCGCCGGUAGUGGCGCGGGCGGUGGCAGUGGCAGCGGUUCGCACCGGCACAAACACACCAAGGACGACUCGGUGAAGGAGCACAGCGGCGUCACGGAGGAUGGACACAGCGGCACAAACAGUUGCUACUCGGGAACGGCAAACUCGAUCGGCUUUACAGCGCAACCGACCACUACCACCACCACCACCACCACCGCUACGAGCACCGCGGCAAACAACAGCAGUGGGCUGACCGAGAAGGUAUGA